CGUCACCUUAGCGCGGUGCAUACUAUGUACAUAGGCUAACCUGUAUGUAACGAAGUACCGUGGAUCCCUGCCGCGCUAGCGUUGAAGCAGCCGAAACCCCUGGCCGGCUAGCCUAUGGUAGAGGUAAGAACGGUUAUCCAAUCGCCGAGGUUCAGUUCAGAUUAGGUAUGUACUUGCAGGUGCAUCGCAUAUUGACAGCUUCACCUGCUUCACAAUUUAGAACUUUACAGCUUCAACAAACUGUUACAAACAAACGUACAAGACGGACAAGACGGCUUGCUAUACUACCCCUAAUACCGACGAUAUAAUUUAAUUCAAUCUCUAUUGAUAUGCCAUCACGACCAAACAUCUUAUAACAACUUGCACCACAAUGGCCACCGACACGGCGCCACCGCCCUCCAAUACUCCAUCCUCCUCUCCAUCCUCAUCAGAACCCCCGACAUCAUCAUCACCAUCCUCCACCACCACCUCCUCCUCAUCCUCCCCAUACCCCUACGCCUUCGCCCCCGACAUAAUCCGCGCCCACCAAAAAGACGCCUACUUCCAAGGCCUUCUCACGAAUCAAAUCGCCGACCUGCACCGACACCUCCUCGGCGCCCGCUCCGCCCACGCCUGGGCCCCCGAGUCCCGCACCCUCGCCGACCUCCUCUACCUCUCCCUCACAACCCUCCUCGGCAACCGCACCCUAGGCGAGGAGUACUGCGGCCUAGUCCAAGUCGAAUCCGCCACAGGCGCGCUCCCCGCCAUAAACCGCCGCGCCGCCUACAUCGCCGGCAGCAUCCUCGCGCCGUACGCGCUAUCCCGGCUGCUGCCCAGGCUCCGCGCCCGGAUACGCGCGCGCCUGCAGCACAACCUAGGGCUCCCGUCGUCGUCGUCGUCAACGACGAGCGCCGCCGCCGACGACGAGAUCAACGCCCGCCUGAAAACCACGCCGACCUGGUCCUACAAGCUGCAAGCGUACCUCCUAACUCACCUCCCCUCGCUGACCUCCGAGUCCCACGUCCACGCCCUCAGCCUCGCGCUCUUCUACUUCAGCGGGUCGUACUACGAGCUGGCGAAGCGCAUCGCCGGCCUGCGGUACGUGUUCACGCGCAAGGUGGGCGAGUCGUCCGACCGCGCCGGGUACGAGCUUCUAGGCGUGCUGCUGGCCGUGCAGAUGGCCGUGCAAGGAUACCUGCACGUGCGGACCGCCUUUGCUGCUGCAUCCCCCCCGUCAUCCACCUCCCCAGCCAGUUCCGAGCGCGCCAGACCCGAUGGCAUCCUCGCCGUGUCGCUCGACGAGAAUACCUACGCUUCUAAUAACGAGCUCCUCCUCGCGACCGCCGCGAGCUCUUCCCAGGGCGCCACUCGUAUCGAUGUCUUGGCUGCGACGCACACGCCCGCACCGCCGGGAGGCACCGGUAACCCCCGCUACGACUUGUCUGAUGAGAAGGGUAUGCGCUGGAUUAAGGGUACACAGCAGCGCAAAUGCACGUUAUGUCUCGAAGAGCUUAAAGAUCCGUCCGCCACACCAUGCGGUCACGUCUUCUGCUGGGCUUGCAUCGGCGACUGGGUCCGCGAGAAACCCGAGUGUCCGCUGUGCCGCCGCGAGGCUUUAGUGCAGCAUAUUCUACCACUACGAGCUGUUUAAUAUGACGUUUUAUGUAUGUGUAAUAUGGAUAGGGGGCGAGUUUUUGUCAGCCAGGAGGGAAUAAUACACCAUAGCAUGGCGAUAUUUAUCAUAAUGAAAAAAAAAAUAAAGACUUAACGAC